AUGCAGAUUUUUGGAGAGGCAGCUGCAGAUCUAAGGAGCAGCAAAGGAGAGAAGGCAGAGUUGUUUGAGGAAGUGGGAGACCUUCAGAAAGCUGAAGGAGAUUUUGUUGAGGCCUUUGUGCAUUUCAAUGUCUUUCUUUUUGCUCCUGAAUUUCCUCCUUCUCAUCCAGCAGUCUUUCCAGAUAUCAGAUAUUCCCAUAUAGGAGGCAAUGAGGCACCUUCUCAUAAUAUUACUUGUGACUUUAAUUUUACAGAGGAUGAUACUUUUCUGAUAAACUAUGAGAAACAUAAUCUUUGUAUGCAACCCAGCGAAACUUCUGUCAUCUCACUUGGCAAAUGCAAUCAGGAUAAUAAGAUCCAAAAGUUUAAAUGGACUUCCAGUCAGCAAAUACUGAACAUGGGACUGAAGUUAUGCUUGGGAGCAUCAUUAGACUUCAGCCAACUUGAAUUCUCCUCCUGCAAUCAGACCAGUGAGCUUCAGAAGUGGGCAUGUGUCAAUGAUACCUUUCCUGCAAUCAGAGGACAAAACCAGUUUUUGUCUUAUGGUGCUGGACAUGUCCAGUUGAAUAAUGCACAUGAUGUCAAAGCAACCUGGAAGAUUGAUGGAACCAAAGACAAACUGUGCACUAAAGGCUUUGAAGCUCAGUUUACCAUAGAAGGCAAUUCCAAUGGAGCCCCCUGUGUAUUCCCAUUCAAGUAUAAGAAUGAGUGGUAUGUUGAAUGCACAACAAUAGACAGUGAAAAUCUACAGCCUUGGUGUGGAACAACUGCUGAUGUGGAUAAAGACUCUUUAACUGGAUAUUGUCCAGUAAAAGAUGACAAUGAACACUUUUGGAUUAGAAAUCAUUGGACUGGAAAUCAAUACCAGAUAAAUUCUGACUCAGCUCUUACCUGGCUCCAAGCAAGAAAAAGCUGUCAGCAACAGAAUGCAGAAUUAUUAAGCAUCACACAACUACAUGAACCAACCUACCUGGCAGGAUUAACAACUGAUCUGAACACUGACUACUGGAUUGGGCUUAACAGUUUGGAUAUGGACAGUGGAUGGCGGUGGGCUGGCAACCAUCCUUUCAGAUAUUUAAAUUGGGCUCCAGGGAGCCCAUCACCAGAAUCAGAGAAAAUCUGCGCAACGAUGCGAUCUCAGAGUGGCAAAUGGGAGAAUAAGGAGUGUGGUCAUAAACUUGGAUACAUUUGUAAAAAGGAAAACUCUUCAUUAAACACCCCAGUCAUCUCUUCAGAUGACUUGAAGCCUGUGAAAUGUCCAGAUGGCUGGGUUCCAUACUCAGGCCACUGUUACCUCCUUCAAAGAAACCUCAAGUCGUGGAAAGGUGCACUAUCAUCUUGUCAAAAGGAAGGUGGAGAUUUAGCCAGUAUCCACAAUAUUGAAGAGCAUAGUUUUGUCAUUUCUCAGCUUGGCUACAAUCCAACAGAUAUGCUGUGGAUAGGACUAAAUGCCCAGAAGACUGAGAGGUAUUUUGAAUGGAGUGAUGGGACUCGUGUGACAUACACCAAGUGGCAGAGUGGAGAGCCUACUUAUCUACAAGACUCCCUGGACAACUGUGUCAUCAUGAGUGGAGAAAAUGGAUAUUGGAUGGAUACUUUCUGUCAAGAGGAAUAUGGUUACAUCUGUAAAAUAAAACCUUUGGAAAUUCUUUCUGAACCAGGAGAUGCUGACCCAGGUUGCCAGAAUGGUUGGAAAAGGCAUGGAUUCUAUUGUUACUUAAGUGGACAAACAUUGGGGACAUUUUCAGAAGCAAAGAAAAUCUGUGAAAUAAACAAGGGCUCCCUGGUGUUCAUAGAGGACAGAUAUGAACAAGCCUACCUAACUAGUCUAGUUGGGCUACGUCCAGAAAAGUAUUUCUGGAUUGGCAUAUCAGAGAUAACGGAAGGCUGGACAUUCAACUGGACUAAUGGACACUCAGUUACAUUUAGCCACUGGAACUCAGGGAUGCCUGGACAAAAUCAUGGCUGUGUUGCUAUGAGAACUGGAACUGCAGCUGGAUUGUGGGACAUUGUGAGCUGUGAGGAGAAGGCAGCAUUCAUCUGUAAACAAUGGGCAGAAGGUGUGACAACAACUCUUGCCCCAACAACAACCACACUGCCCCCUUGCCCAGAAGGAUGGUCUGGAACCGAAACAGCAAGUUCAUGCUUCAAAAUUUUUAGAGAGAAAAAAUACAACAAGAGAACUUGGUUUGAAGCUCGAGAUUUUUGCAGAGAAAUUGGAGGAGACCUGGCUUCCAUCCAUAGUGACAAAGAACAAAGCAAAUUACAGGAAUUGACUGAAGAUUCAACCUGGAUUGGUUUUAAUUCUUUGGACUCUGACAUAGGGAAUACUUGGAGUGAUGGAUCUCCUAAUGUCUUUCAUACAUUUAAGGAUGAUGUUUACAUUGGUUUAACUGUGGGUGUUGAUGGAAAGUUCCGGUGGCUGGAUGGAACUCUAGUGACCUAUGAAGCCUGGGCCCCCAAUGAACCAAAUAAUGCAAAUGAAGACGAAGGCUGUGUGAUGAUGUAUAAGAGAACAGGCUUAUGGAAUGACAUAUCCUGUAGUGCAAAGAAGAGUUUCAUCUGUGAAAGGCACAACAGUUCCGUCCGUUCAACCAUUGCUCCCACAUUGCCAGCACCUCAAGGAGGCUGUGCUGAAGACUGGCUUUUGUACAAUAACAAGUGCUUCCAAAUAUUUGGUUUUUAUGAAGAAGACAGAAAAAACUGGAGUGCUGCACGUACCGCUUGUAAAACCCUAGGUGGAAACCUGGCGACUAUACCUAGCAAAGCUGUUCAAGCUUUCCUUACCAUGCACUUCAAAAACGUGCCAGUUGAUUCUUGGAUUGGACUGCAUGAUAUCAUUGAAGAGGGAAGGUUCCUAUGGACAGAUGGAAGUAGUGUGCGUUAUACAAACUGGGCCCCCACCCCUUCUCGCCAAAGGUUCCACUUCUCUUCCAAUGAGGACUGUGUUACUAUGAUAAAGGAGCCUGAGAAGUGGGCAGGAAUUUGGAAGGAGAGAAAAUGUUCAAUAAAGUAUGGAUACAUAUGUCAAAAAAGCACUGACCCUGUGUCUUCUCACUCUGAAACAACAAUUCCGGCAUCUGGCUAUAUACCUUAUGGAAACAGCAGCUAUUCUUUCACUAAAACUGCAACAUGGAAAGAAGCCAGAAAACAGUGUCAUUCUAAACACUCAGAACUUACCAACAUUCUGAAUCCCUAUAGCCAAUCAUUCCUGUGGCACCUGGCGCUGAAAUACGGGGAACCUCUAUGGAUUGGUCUAAACAGCAAUGUGACCAAUGAGAAUUAUAGAUGGGUAUCUGACUGGAAACUGGAAUAUACUAAUUGGGCUCCUGGAGAGCCAAAAGAAAAUCUAGCCUGUGUCUACUUAGACCUUGGUGGGCUAUGGAAAACAGGAACAUGUAAUAAAAAGUACAGAGCUGUCUGUGAGCAGUAUAAUGGAACCGCUCCAACUGAUCAUCCUCAGGUCCCUGGAAGAUGCCCUGAACCCCAACAAAAAAGCUCCACAGCUUGGAUUCCAUUCCGUGCUCAUUGCUAUACAAUCAUACGUGAUCAGAAGUCCUGGCCUUGGGCAUCCAUGAAAUGCUUUCAUUUAGGUGGUUCUUUGACUUCAAUAGAAGAUUCAGCUGAAAUGAAGUUUCUGAAAGAGUACAUGCAGCACCUCGAUCAAGGAAACUUUUGGAUAGGAUUGGUACAAAAUGUGGAUGGGGAAUGGUUAUGGCAAGAUGGCACUGCAGUAGAUUUUGUCAACUGGGAUACUGGAGAGCCCCGAAAUGGAAGUGAAGCAGAAUAUGAUCCAUCAUUAAAUAGAUUGUGUGCUGCAGUGAGCAAUGAUCAUGGGAAGUGGUUCGUUUCAAAAUGCCAACCUGAUCUCAGUGGAUAUAUUUGUAAAACACCCAAAAUUGUUGAAGCUAUGCCAACUAAAGAACCUUCAAUCAAUGGAGGAGCAAAACAAGAAGAUUCUUCUCCAUCAGCACAUGGCAUGGUUGCAAUGGCAGUUGUUCUUGUUCUCCUCAUCGUCACCGCCGCUGGCAUUGCAGGCUAUGUUUUUUACAGGAAAAGACGUAGACAGCAAGUGACCAUUGCUGGCUUUGACAACUCUGUGUAUCAUGACGACGUGGUUAUGCUUCAGAAUAAUUAAUGACCCAGAAUAUCUUGUGGGAAAUGUUGACAAUGAGCAGGGACAGUAGCUAGCUAUCCUCUCCUUAACUAACUGAACAGAUUAAUAGAAGUAACACCUUGAAUACCACUGUUCUAAGCAGAAAUAUGUGGAAGUUCGUGCCUCAUGGUGAUGCAAAAUGUUUUUGACAAAUGCUGCUGAUUCAGUGAAAAUAUAUUCUGUAAUGCAUACUUUCCAAUUAAAGAUCUAAGCUA